AUGAGAUGUGAAAAUGUGAAAUGUAAGAAUAUGAGAUGUGAAAAUGUGAAAUGUGAGAAUAUGAGAUGUGAAAAUGUGAAAUGUGAGAAUAUGAGAUGUGAAAAUGUGAAAUGUGAGAAUAUAAGAUGUGAAAAUGUGAAAUGUGAGAAUAUGAGAUGUGAAAAUGUGAAAUGUGAGAAUAUGAGAUGUGAAAAUGUGAAAUGUGAGAAUAUGAGAUGUGAAAAUGUAAAAUGUGAGAAUAUGAGAUGUGAAAAUGUGGAAUGUAAGAAUAUGAGAUGUGAAAAUGUGAAAUGUGAGAAUAUGAGAUGUGAAAAUGUGAAAUGUAAGAAUAUGAGAUGUGAAAAUGUGAAAUGUGAGAAUAUGAGAUGUGAAAAUGUAAAAUGUGAGAAUAUGAGAUGUAAAAAUGUGAAAUGUGAGAAUAUGAAAUGUGAAAAUGUGAAAUUUGAGAAUAUGGGAUGUGAAAAUGUAAAAUGUGAGAAUAUGAGAUGUGAAAAUGUGAAAUGUAAGAAUAUGAGAUGUGAAAAUGUAAAAUAUGAGAAUAUGAGAUGUGAAAAUGUGAAAUGUGAGAAUAUGAGAUGUGAAAAUGUGAGAAUGUGGGAAUAUGAGAUAUAA